AUGCGCCCCAAAAAGGGAGGUGAUGGAAUUAAACCGCCCCCAAUCAUUGGAAGAUUUGGAACCUCCUUGAAAAUUGGUAUUGUUGGAUUGCCAAAUGCUGGGAAAUCUACCUUCUUCAAUGUAUUAACCAAUAGUCAGGCUUCAGCAGAAAACUUCCCAUUCUACACUAUUGAUCCUAAUGAGAGCAGAGUACCUGUGCCAGAUGAAAGGUUUGACUUUCUUUGCCAGUACCACAAACCAGCAAGCAAAAUUCCUGCCUUUCUAAAUGUAGUGGAUAUUGCUGGGCUUGAAGGAGCUCACAAUGGGCAAGGCCUGGGAAAUGCCUUUUUAUCUCCUAUCAGUGCCUGUGAUGGAAUCUUUCAUCUAACACGUGGUUUUGAAGAUGAUGAUAUCAGGCAUGUUGAAGGAAGUGUAGAUCCUAUUCGAGAUAUAGAAAUAAUACACGAAGAGCUUCAGCUUAAAGAUGAGGAAAUGAUUGGGCCCAUUAUAGAUAAAGUAGGAAACGUGGCUGUGAGAGGAGGAGAUAAAAAAUUAAAACCUGAAUAUGAUAUAAUGGGCAAAGUCAAAUUCUGGGUUAUAGAUCAAAAGAAACCUGUUCUCUUCUAUCAUGAUUGGAAUGACAAAGAGAUUGAAGUGUUGAAUAAACACUUAUUUCUGACUUCAAAACCAAUGGUCUACUUGGUUAAUCUUUCUGAAAAAGACUACAUUAGAAAGAAAAACAAAUGUGGGGCCUUAAAACUCAAGUUGCAAGAAUUGAGUGCUGAGGAGAGACAGAAGUAUCUGGAAGCGAACAUGAUACCAAGCGCUUUGCCAAAGAUCAUUAAGGCUGGGUUUGCAGCACUCCAACUAGAAUACUUUUUCACUGCAGGCCCAGAUGAAGUAUGUUCAUGGACCAUCAGGAAAAGGAUGAAGGCUCCUCAAGCUGCAGGAAAGAUUCACACAGAUUUUGAAAAAGGAUUCAUUAUGGCUGAAGUAAUGAAAUACGAAGAUUUUAAAGAGGAAGGUUCUGAAAAUGCGGUCAAGGCUGCUGGAAAGUACAGACAACAAGGCAGAAAUUACAUUGUCAAAGAUGGAGAUAUUAUCUUCUUCAAACUUAAUAUACCUCAGCAACCUAAGAAGAAAUAA